UUCAAAAUCGUCGCCCCCCAAAACCUCAAUCCACCAUGCCCGCCGGCCGCUCGCCGGCGCUCAUCGGCCGGCCCCGUAGCGGCGGGCGUAGCUGGAGCAGGACUCCGAGGAAACCCCCGGCGCCGCCGCCCACCCGGGAGCAGAACCCCCUGCCCGCCGGCGCCGAGGUCGAGGUCCGCGUCGACCACGACGGCUUCCACGGCUCCUGGUUCGAGGCCACCGUCGUGGACUUUGCCCCCGCCCGCGGCCGCCGCUCCCGGGCCAGCUACAAGGUCGCCUAUUCCCACCUCCUGGCGGAAGAUGACGACACCCUCGUCGAGCCCUUCGCCCCCUCCCACAUCCGCCCGCGGCCUCCUCCUCCUCCCGGUCCGGGAUCGUCCCCGCGCCGCUUCCUCCUACACGACAUCGUCGAGGUCUUCGACCGCGGCGGCUGGUGGUCCGGCAUCGUCGUGGAGGCCGCGGACCCCGCCGCCUCCGUCAGCGUCGCGUUCCCCAUCACCCGCGAGGUCAUCGCAUUCGCCCCACACCUCGUCCGCCCCCGCCGCGACUACGUCGACGGCAAGUGGCUCCCCUCGCGGGUAGUGAUCGGCGUCCAGCCCAAGCGCGCGGUCAGAGUUUACGAGGUCGGAGACAACGUCGAUGUGGUGAAGAAACGGAAGGUGUACGGUUACUCCUGGUUCUCGGCGACGGUGGUGAAGGUGGUCGAUCCUCUAAGCUACAUUUUGGAGUACUCUGAUCACGAUGAGGGGGCAAGAGGGGCGGAGAAGUUGACGGAGUACCUGGAUUGGCAGUUCAUCAGGCCGGCAGUGGAGCAUUCUCCGGCGGAGAGCGAGUACCAGCUCGGGCCUGGCGCUGCCGUGGAGGCCUACUGCGACGGGGCAUGGUCGCCGGGAGUGGUGCGCAGGGUUGUCGGGGAGGGUGAGUACGAGGUCAGUGUCGGCGAGAAGACGAAACUGCUGGUGACCAAGGUGGUGGAGCUGCUCAAGCCACAGUACAAGUGGGAUGGCAAUCGUUGGAGCAUUGUGAAACCUAAGGUAAUUCAACAAUUCCACUUCAUAGCAGUGCUUGCUAGCUUUGCAUUCACAUUGUUUGCUGCCGUGAGACAGGCUAACUUGAGGCAGCAAUCUGCAUCUGGAAAACGUCCAAGCUCACCUGUUGAGGUGGCAUUCGGUGAUGAUGGACAUAGUCAUGAUCCUGAAUAUUCUGGCACCAAAAAGUCAAGGAAAGAACUGCUUCAGCAAGAGAUCGUAUCAGCUGAAGGUUCUGAACAUGCUUCAGUCACUGAGAUGGACAUUCCAUUAUCUGCAUUGUGCAAUUCAUCAGCAAUCAAUCAUUCUCCAAACUGUUGUUCUCCGCUAUCUGGGCAUUCAACACUUCCAAUCGAACCAAUACCAAAUGUUGGCGAAACAGUCAUUAAUCAACAAAUCCAAUCUGUCAUGGUGCCUCCCGAGAACAAUGAGGGGAAAUCACACCUUAUAGAAACACUUCAGGGAGGAAAUGAUGCCUCUGAUAAUGUGCAAAUUCUAUUGAAGGAAAACAGCAAUAUGUCUAGUAAGACCAUUAAUUGUGCUUUGAGUGGCUCUUCAGAAAGCCAGACAACUUCAGCGUUGACUAGAUGGGUGUCAACAGGGACUAAUAGUGGUUCAAAUAUGAAGGUUUACAUUAGAAAAUCGGCUAUAAAGAAAGGCUUUGAAGGACUACGUAGUCCACAGAGCUCAUUGGAUGCGACUAGUACUGUCCAGCAGAGAGGAAGAAAGAAAGCGGCAGGGCGAAUGAUACAACCUUCCUUAGUUUUAGAGAAUUCAAAAUCUCAAACUCAGCAGCAGCUUGACAGAACUUUGGAGGAUACACCGAACAUAAAUGAAGUAAUAAAUCAGGAACUGUUACCGACGGUACAUAGGAGCUUUGAAUCGAUGUAUGAUGGAAAAGGUAUUGACAUACAUAGUAGUGUGUUGGACGAACAGCUGACUGCUAUCAAUAGCAUCUGUCAUGCGAACACAGGCAUUGCUGCUACCCAAGUGGCUAAAAGCAACCGUCUUACGGAGACACCUACCCUAUCUCUUGAUCGUCUAGUUCAACAGGAUGGGGGCAACGUGGAUGAGAGUGCAAUCCUACUGCGUUUACAGAAUGCUGGGAGCUCACUUUGCAUCACUGAGAACAAUCUAUUUAGGAGAUGCUCGGUUGCUGGGAGCUCUAUGCCUUCAGACUUUGCUUUCUCUCAAAUAUCUGGUCACCAGGUUCUGUUUGUCAAGAGCUCACCUGCAUGGCCUUUAAUUGAAGCAAUGGACGUGUUUAAGGAGGCACCACAACAACCACAUUUCCUUCCACUACGAGAAUUUUUGCCAGAUCUGCGUGAAGGAAUGGCUAUAGGUCUGAUGGUGUCGUUUGCCAACGUAGUGAGAACUACAAGGGAAUCAAGCAUUGAAGACAGCGUGAAAUCGUUUGAGGAAAAGAUCGAUACACUUUGCCAUCUAGAGAAAAAUGGAUUCAAUGUUCAAUCUUUACAGCAUUACCUGAUUAAAUUGUUCGAGAUAAAAUCUGGUAAUACCAAGCAUCUCAAAGAGAAAGACGACCUGAAAGCAAAGAUGCUGGAGAAGACGACUUCCUUGUCCCAAAUUGAUUCGUUGCUUGAUGAAAUUGAUAACAUGAUGAAAGCUGAAAGCACAGCUAUAGCUGAGCAUGAGAAGAAACUUGGGCAACUUCGCUUGAAGGCCCAGCAGAUUGCAAAGAAGAAAGAACAUGAAGAUGCAGAACUCUCAAGAUUGAAAGCUGCGGACAGCAGUGUUAAGGAAGCAUGUGGUGAUGACGAACGACAGUUUCGCAGCAUCUUGGCUGAGCUGCAACGGAAGCAUCUGACUUAAUAUGAUCUUUGUCAAACGCUUCGAUGUGUCUAGCUUGAUCCUGUCGACUCAUGCUCCAGGGCUGUAGGUCGUACUGUGUCAUUGUGUUUUGGAUGAACUUCCUAGGGUCGUUCACUAACUUUUGUCUAUCUACAAGAUGCUCAUGAUUAUGCGUUUGAGACUUUUACUUUAUUUACCUGGCCUGUCGGGUUUUGAAACAUACUAUGUAAUAAUGAACGGCUGCAUACAUCUCCAGAUGGAGAG